AUGGUGCCUUCCGGAGCGUUCGGGCUCCCGCGCAGCGAGGACUCGGGCUCGGUCCGCGCCGAGCGCUGGGUCGACGCGAACCGCUCCAAGUCGGACAGGCACCGGCCCGCGCCAGCGGAGCAGACGCUGUCGUACGUGGAGGCGGCGGAGGGCACGACGCUGCGCGGGCUCCGGAUCGACGGGAGCGGCGUGGCCGAGGCGGAGGUGACAGCGGGUGCGGCCGGCUUCGAGCUUAGCCCGCUGGGCGCGUCGCUCUGCGUGCUGCUGGCGCGGGCGGACGGGGUGCCGCUGUUGGCGGGCGACUGGGCGGCGCUGUGCGAGUACGUGCGGUACGUGGACGAGGAGCUCGGCGGGUCGGAGGAGGAGGCGUGGUGGCCGUCCACCUUUCACGCUUUCCUGCGCUGCCUGCUCGCGCGCCCACACCUGGACGAGCACCUGCACCCGGCCGGAGGCGCGCCGCUCGCCUUCGUGGACGCAGUCCCGGCGCUGGAGCUGCGCUUCCCGCGCGGCGCCGAGGUGAGGCCGCGCCGGCUGCGGGGCCGCGCCGACCUCAACGGCCGAUCGGGUGCGGUGGCAAAGUACGACGCGCAGGGCGGGCGCGUUGGGGUGGACUUUCCGCCGCCGGUCGGGCUCGUGUCGAUCCGCGCCGCCAACCUUGAGAUCGGGAGGCACGAGCGCGCGAGGCGGCGGCUCGAGGCGGAGGAGCGGCGCCGGCGGCAGGAGUACGGCACGAGGAGGCAGGAUUGCCUGUUCGUCACGGAACGCUGGGAGCUCCUCCGGCCUGAAGAAGCCAACCAGCCGGCGCAGGUGCUGCUCGCGCUGGCUCGGGCCAAGAAGCUGCUCGUAGUAGACGCGAUGGCGGAGAGAGCUGAGCACGCGUGGGCUCGCCUUCCGGCAGGUAAGUACGCGAUGAUCGAUCCCAAGGGGACCCCCUGGUGGAAGGUCCUCCUCGCCGGCGCAGCCGUCGUUGGCACGUCCGUUGCGACGGGAGCCGUGAUGAUGGUGGCGAUCGCGGGCAAGCCGGCGUUCCUCGAGGCGGACCCGCCGGAGGAGAAGGCGGCCUCGCAGGCCGAGCUCACGGUCGCCGUCGCCACGGAGAUCCCGAGCACUCAGUCGGUCUCCAUUGAAGGCGUCGAGGUCUACAGCCAGAGCGCGGGCUUUGCUUUGCUGAAUGAGUGUCGGAGCCUCCCACCAUCCUUGGUGAAAGACGAGACUAAGCCAAGCGUGAAGGUCUGUGGCUCGCAGACCAAGCUCACGGUGUAUCUUCGGAACCGUUGCGAGGAUUACUCGUCCUACCAGCACGAGGUCGGCACCUGCAACACCGCAGCGGACAGCACUUUCUGUCAAGAGGCAAGUCCGGCAACCCAUUCCUGGAUGCAGACCGCGCAGUCCUACAGGAUCACACAAUGUGCCACUGCCCUGGCGUCGCGGGCGGCUGCGCUUGUGAUACCCCGUUUUGCUCUGCGGUUAGUAUCCGUAACGGCGUAG